CAACUUUUAUUGUCCAUGUUUUGUUAUUCACAUUUGCAGACCAAAUAAGUUAUUUAUCUAAUUUCAUUUUUAAAAUCUCGUUGAUGCGCUGCUGUUGCUCUGUGUGGUAUAACUAACUAUCAUUUUUGUUUUGGUAACCAUUUAUUAUGCUGUUUUAUACCUGUGAAAUUAUAGAAUCUUGUAAUAUUUCACACUAGGCCUCAUUAAUUGUGCCGGAAAUAAAUAGCUUUUAAAAAUGAGAAAGUCAUCUCUAGGCCGAAGGUCUUCAACUCAUAUACCUGUCAGAGUUCCCAGUUCUGGAGGCAGUGCUUCAAGAUCAUGCACAGGGAAAAAAAGCACUGGGACUUUGUUGAAGCCAGGUUAUACUCAGGGUCGAAGAUCACAAUCAGCAGACCGGGAGAGUUGUGGGUCUUAUGGAGGUCGGCAAUUUCAAAGAGCCAACACAAUAGGUGCCAUGACUCCCAUCACGCCUCGCCACACGAGUGUGCACGGCAACCUUCCCACCGGCAGUGCUAGGGCACCCAAAAGUCAAAUGGUCAGUACCGAUUCGGCCAGAAGAAUGAGUAGUUUUGGAGGAGGUGGAAAACGCAAGGAUACAAGACCAAUCGCAGAAAAGUCUUUCCAGCAAGCUGCACAAGCUAAGGUGCAAGAGUACUUUGAUCGGCAUGCAUCUGACGUUAUUGGACCUGGAAACAGCAUUCGUCCAAUGAACACUAAGCUGUUUGUGGAUAUGAUCAAUCACCUUCUGCAGAAUUUGGAUUCAAAAAUUGUCAUAUCAAAAUCAAACUACUUAGAAGAAAUACCAUUAAAUUUGAGGAAGUUGGGUUAUCGUUCCAAAGUGGACAGAUCCUGGCUUAUGACUGUGAAUACACCACACUCUUGGCAGCAUGUGAUUGCGGUCUUGUGUUGGCUCGUGGACUUGAAAGAGGUCAUGGAUCUGACUGAUCCGUUUGAAAUGAUCUACCCGAACGUUGUUGAAGACGAAACUGAAGAAAAAGAGGACGAGGAAGAAGAUGAAAUUGUCAUUGAUAAAGAUAUGGUUCUCCAUCUCAAGAGGUCGUAUCAAAUGAGGAAAUGUGAUGAAGACCGGUUAGCUUUGAUGGAUGAAGAAUUUAUUGAAAAACAAAUUAUAGACUUAAAAUGUACAGAAGAAGAUUUUGACACACUACAAAGGCAACUUGAUCUAAUCAAAGAAGAAGUAGAAAGUGAAAACCAGAGAAAAGCACUUGUCAUAGAUGAAUUGCAGAAAAUCAAGGAGAAAGAAAAGGCUGUAAUUGAGGACAGUGAAUCAAUGAAAGAAUAUAUUGAAAAAUCAAAAGCUUUUGUUGAGAGUGUUGAAGUAAAAAUGGCAACAACAGAUAAAGAAAUAACUGUAAAAAGAGCUGCGUUGGAAAAGAAAAAAGAGGAGUUGCAAAAAAUCCAGGAUAAGGUUAACACUCAGCAAAUAUCUCGUGAUGAAAUAGAUCAGUUCAAUGUGGAGAAAAAUAACCUGCAGCGAAUGAUUAAGUUUUAUGAAAGUACCAUAAGAGAAUACCAAAAUUCUACUUUUGCCGUAGACAUGAAACUAGCAGAGGAUCAAAAGAGGCUUGAAAAAUUAGUUUUGGAAUAUAACAAACUAGUUGCUGAAACAAAUGUCCUGGAACCACAAUUGAAAAACUGUGAGAUCAAACUGCAGCUAUUGACUGAUGUUAGUGUGCUUGAAACAAUUGAUUCACAAUUGAAAACACUGAAGGAUAAGUAUAAAUCUGCAAUAAACGAACUCGAGUCACAGAAACAAGAUUGUGAAACCAUUUUAAAAUUGGCAAAUGAAGAGAGGGAUAAAACAGUAGAAGAAAUCAACAGGGAAAGUAGGCUAUUGGAAAUAAUUGAAUGUGAUUAUGAAAAGCAAAAGGAUUCAUCAUUAAAGGAAACUGAAAAGUUGAGGGAAAGUCUCAACCAUUAUCAACGGAUGUCAAAAGAUACUUCUGAGGAACUCUCACAGUUCAACCCAUCAAAAUUAAAUGAGAAGAGGCGAGAACUACAGAUGCUUGAGCAUGAUUAUGCGCUUCUUCAAAAGAGAUCAAAAGAAUACUUGGAAGGAGUGGAGGAGAUUGUGAAAGAAAAUGUGGUUGAAAUCACGCCUUGGGUGGCAACAUUCAUGGAAAAAGUGAAGACAAUUGAAGAUGAAUUUUGUUGACUGGUGUAUUGAUGUAAUUUAACCACCUAUUUUGUAUAGUAUAUUUUAAGAUCAAAGUUAUUCUAUUUGAAAAAUAAUUAAUAAAUAUUUUAUAUUAUUAUGCUUUCAGCA